AUGGACGCAAAUUACGGAAAACAUUCUGUCAAAAAAUGCGAGGAUGGUCAGAAGAAGAUUUUUGCAUUAAAAAUCGUGCGCCGGCCAGCGGCGCGGCAUCACUUUGGAUCUGCACGAAAAGCUGAAUAUAUGUCUUUCCGAAACGAGGUAGAUAUAUGGAAAACUCUCGAUCACCCCAACGUUGUUCGCUUAUAUGAGGUCAUUGAUGAUGAGAGUAUUAACAAAAUGUAUCUAGUCAUGGAAUACCUAUCCGGAGGAACCAUCGAGUAUGCAGAUGCUGAGGGACAUCCGCUGCUUGAUAUGAAAACGACGAAACGAUACUUCAAAGAACUCAUGAGUGCCUUGGCCUACCUGCACAACCUGGGAAUCAUACACCGGGACAUAAAACCAGAAAAUUUACUGUUAUCUGGUGAAGGGCACAUCAAAAUUUGCGAUUUCGGAUCAGCACAAGCUAGUAGCAUAUCGGUGCGACGUACGAUGGGCAGUCCGGCAUUCUUCGCCCCAGAGUUGUUCCUGGAUGGCUCAAAUGGUUAUGAAACACAGUGGGAAGCUGAGGAUCAGUUGACGGGGGCUGUUGAUGUAUGGGCGGCCGGAAUUACUUUAUAUCUCUUCGUAUACGGACACACCCCCUUUGAGGGCUUAAGCAUGGCUGAAUUACAACGGCAAGUGCUUAAUAACUACCUGACCUUCCCCUGGGAGGUAGACCCUAUGUGCCAAAGCAUCAUUCUGGAAUGCUUACAAAAGUCUAAGGCUGAUAGAAUCGAAGCCUACGAUGUUUUGGAGUGUGACUGGUUUCAGAUGAAAGAUGAGAGUGAAGUCGAGAAUUGUAUUGCGAAUCCUUACGUUGACUGGCUAUAUGGUUUACUUCGUGCACCCUUGAAGGUGUUGGAAAGUAUCUGGGCUAUUACCAAAUGGGUAUUCUUCGGCACGACCGAUGACGAUUUGGUGUAAUGCGAACGAUCGUAGCAGAGGGGUUGUCUGUGUUUCAUUUCUACUGUCAGAUUUUCUCAGUAUGGAGAUCAGUAAAUUUUGCUCAGCAUCCGACCAGAAACUCCAGUAUCCACUUCGUAUUUUAUGCCAGUACUUUGGGUAUGCCUGGUCAGCUUGUGCGAGGAGAGUCAAAGUUGGAAGACCAUAGUCAUAAGAUAUUCAAAUGUGACCUGUCCCGAAAAAUUUAGGAAGUAUGCUGGUACUCAUACUGUCCAUGGACACAUGUGUUUACAUGAUAUUAUUUGGUAAUGACUUCCACCGCUUUGAGAUCCAAUAUGGCUGCUCGUAUACCGACAAUAUUGCUAAACUGUUUCAGCACUUACUGGAUACAUCGAGUGCUUGAAAGCUGCAAAGUCAGUAUGCCUCGAUGUGAACCUUUUGGCAACGUAUUAUUUUUGGAUACUUUUGUGUUAAGGUCGAUGAUAUGCACUAACGUAGAAGUGCUCAUUAUAUGACGAAAGACACCAACACUAAAUCAUACUUCAAGUCGUGUAGCAACAUUUUGCCAUCACGCAUGGAAUAAUAAAUAGCCUCUCUGUUGCACACGAUUAUAUUAUUCAACUUGGCUUCGCGGUCUACCCCCUGCCAAAGUACCACCCCAUCCUGGAACACUAUAUCUAAACUCUCGGCGAAACUCCUGCGGGAAUCAUUCUAUCCUCUAAUUAUAUACCGGCUUCUACAGUCAACUAGCCCUAUUUAAAAUGCUGUCGCCAGACGGCAUCCAGUCUCGUGGGGUCGAGAUUGUUUUUAAUUUUUUGUUGCUAAAUAUGUCCUCUAACGUUCCCAUUUCCUGAUUAUCAUCAUCUCAUAAGCUCCGCAAUGGAAGGCCCCCCUCCCUCCUCCUCCUCCUCCUCUGUCAUAGAUAAGGGCCGUAGUAUAGCUUCCAUCGUAGUUUAAUUUAUUUACUCCUAAUCCUUUCGGAGUACGUUUUCAGCACUCUCUACGGCUCGAACCUCUUCGUCGUCGUCUGCUCCGUGAUCCUUCACCAUCGUGGCUACAAUCCAGGUAGGCGGCACGAAAGCUACAGCCAGCACUAUGCAAAUGAUCAUCUGCCAUUUGUAAAGCAAGCCCUGCCACUCGAGAAUCCAGGAAAUACAUGCACCGAAUGAUUGAAUACCUUUGUAAUAACCAGCAUAACGGGAAAGAACACGUGGUGAAUUGGCAAUCGCCCCCAUUAUCCAGUACGCAUAGGUUUGUACAAUAGAAUCCGCGAUUCCCAUGCACAUGUAUAAAGCCGCUGGGACCCAAUAUACACCGCCAUCUUUAUAGUUAAUUAGAGGUGAUGGCUGGUUGCCCUUGUCGUACCCAUACGAAAAUUGAUACCAAGCGGCAUAUCCCCACUGCGCGAAAUUGAAUCCAGAAAUAAGUAGCAAACCAUACAUGGCACGCUUUCUGCGUCCCAUCAUUUUGGAGUCCAGGAACAGGGCUCCGACUACGUACGCUCCAAUCAUUUGCAUGCCCCAAUAUAUAGCACUGUUUAAACCUCUGGUUUCAGCAUCAAACAAGUUUCCGUUGAUACCGCCAAACUCGUACGUGUAAAACCAAUUCGAUUGGAUGAUCAAAGGAGAUAAUAGAAGCAUGUAUCUGUUGGUGAAUAGUUUCAGCACACUCUUUAUCUCUUCAACUGGCGAUGCAGCCUUGUCGAAUACUACCAGCUGACCGUCCCCCUUGAUGACCUUUGACGGGUGAACGAUAAAAAGAAACGCAAGAACUGCACCCAUAACCAUCAAGCCGCAGAACAUGAAGUAUGUUGCUGCGUUGACACCCGCAGCGCCAUCGGACCCCAUGUUCAUGAAGAAAGUAAUGAGACCGCCAGUAACACCGCCCAGAUUGAAGAUUAUCCAGAAGAUAGCUGUGAACAUUCCUUUCUUGUCUUCAGUAGAGUACGAUAGCGUCAUAGCGCCCUGUGCUGUCCAUAGACAACCCGCUCCGAUACCCAGAAUGCCGGAAGCAGUAAUAGCCAUGGCGGCAAACGAGUCAUCUUGUCCCCAGAGAUAAACGGAAAUGGCAUAAAAACAAUAUGUGAGACCACCAAGGACCAUGAGCAAUUUGUUUCCAAGCAAAUUAAAUAACAGUCCUCCGAAGUAUCCGAAAACAGUGAAUGCGCCAUACAGUGCGGCAUUCAUAGCAGCAGAGACGGACGGAUCACUGCCUCCGGCAUUGCCCAACCCUUGCAUUGCAUUGAACAUGCCCGGGCAGCAGAAGCAUACCAGACCCGCAAUAAUAUUCUGCGUGAACCCGCUUAAGAAAAUCUUCGGUAGUGGAAAAUCCAGCUUUCUUGCGAAUGCGGCUGAGACAUUAUUAUUGUCCUCUGCAAAAGUACCCCGGACAUCUUGAGCAUUUGUGACGAUGUCUAUAUCUGAAGACGAUGCCUUCUUAUUGUCAACUUUAAUUGGGUUGACUCCUGUCAUUGAGAUGUUGAAAUAUUUUAUGUUACUUUCAGUAUUAAAACUGUGUACCUCAGUGAAUGAAGCGCUGUCUGUAUAUAUAGCUUGCUGCGGAAACUAAAAACUAUCA